GUUCUUCUCGAGGUUCCACCGACCGCGGUUCCCUAGCAACGCGGUAAAAAAUUGCGCUGACGUCCAUUCUGUUCGGGAAUAUUAUGGUCUGUCCGGAAUUCAGAGUGGCCUGGACUGGAGAAAAAUAUCUGCUCUGCUAGCGUUACCGAGCUAACGGUAGGUAGCACUGGAGUAAACAUGGAGCUGUCUGCCGUCGGGGAGAGGGUGUUCGCCGCCGAGUCGAUCAUCAAACGGAGGAUUCGGAAGGGUCGGAUUGAAUACCUUGUGAAAUGGAAGGGCUGGUCUCCCAAAUACAGCACUUGGGAACCAGAGGAGAAUAUUUUGGACUCCCGCCUGUUUGUCGCUUUUGAGCAGAGGGAGCGUGAAAGGGAGCUGUACGGGCCCAAAAAGCGAGGACCAAAACCCAAGACAUUUCUGCUCAAGGCUCAGGCUAAACUUAAAGCCCAGUCCUAUGAGUUCAGAGGCGACGGAGUCCGAGGGAUGCACAUCACCUACCCGGCCCCAGAGCCGGUUGUCACCCCCAGGGCCAGAGAGGGUCUGAGAGCUGUUGUGCCAACCAUCUUCCCACCCAGUACUGUCAACCGUGGCGAAAGUUCACGUGUCCGACCACCAGAACUGAGCACCCGUGAGUACCAGCAGCCUUCCCUUCAGCAAGUCAGCCCAGACGGGCUCAUCCACAUACCCAAAAAAAGAGGCCCAAAGCCUAAACCCCGCUUCAAGGACGGCAGCUGCAGCUCUGCAGUCUUUGAACACCACAAGAAGAGAGCAGAGGAGCAGGUGAGCAACAGGCCUCACAAACUGGCUAAGCUCCAGGGGGGUGAAGAGAUGAGGCUGAUCAAAGUGGUCCACAGACAUCCAGAGAACCACGGUCAUAAACGCCACCAUCACCACCACCACCACCAUCACCACCACACACACAACCGGGGAAUCUCCAGUGCAAGCUCCUACGAGCAGCUCUUCUCCGACCGCAGCCUGCAUCCACACAGAACAGACAUGGAUGCACACAGGACUAAGGACAGCUCCACCUACCUGGCACCUGUACACUUCAAGCACCAGUCAAAAAUGAACCAGAGUCGCCCCGCUAAGCCUCCACAGAUGGAAAAGCCUUACUUCUUAGACAGGCCGUCCCCGACCCGGCUCGACGUCGACUUGGAUGUAGUGACGUGGAGGCCCUCUGUCGGCAAUGUGGAAAAGGUCUUGGUGACAGACGUGACCACCAACUUCCUGACUGUCACCAUCAAGGAGAGCAGCACUUCGAAAGGCUUCUUCAAAGACAAGAUGAUCGCUUAACUAACUUCCUCUUGCCACGCUUUGCUUUCUCUGACUUGCAUCAGAAUAAUUCUGAAGCUUAUAGGACAUAGCGUGAUUAUUAAGCAAAGCCAUUUUUGUAUUUAGUGUAUGAAAGCAAAUUACGUAAUGUGUAUAUAUUAUAAAGUUGGACAUGUUCUGUUUAAUGUAUUGAUCGAAUUUGGUCCAUUUCACAUCUUGCAUUAGUUGAAACAGGAACAUGUUUAUUUUGCAGCAGCCGGCUACUUUCUGUAAAGAGCUUGUGAAUUUUGCAAUUAUAACUUAGAAUGUAUUUUUUUCACUCUUAUAUCUUCCAGUCUGAGCUAAUUUAUGAGAAGUGAGGUGACGUUUAGAUUAAUACAUUCAAUCGGUGUAUUGAUUUAUUUCUCUAUAAUUUUAACCAAUUAGACUGAAUAUACCCCGUUUAAUUCAAUGGGAUCGAUAUUUAAUAAUGUACUCAAGCACUUUGAAUUAAAAAGUAUUACAAAAUAAUCCGUUUGUGUUGCAUUCAAAGGCCGAGUCUGUAAUGUCUCUAUCAUUUGUAAUUGUAAGAUAAAGUAAUCAAAUUAACAUGGACACGCUAGUUUUCCCACAGUGUAUAACAACAAUUUCCGAAAAACAUGGUAUAUUUGACAUUUUCAUAGAAAACGUUCACACAGCUUUAAUGUAAGACGACCAUUACAGCGGUGGUGUCAAUUUGCUUUGUAGACGCUUUCCAAUAAAUUCUUUGAAUUUUCUCA